CCUCACGGUUCUUUUCAGAACCAUACAGACUCACAAAGAGAUCGUAUCUUUGCAUGGUGCUACCACAAGCUUUCCACUUUAACUUUUUAUCGGUGUUAAAUUUUUUGAUGUUCUUUCAAAACAGUUGGCGUUUCUUUUAUGUAUUGUAACACUUGUAGGUGUACAAAGUAACACCAGCGGUGUUAAAGUAACACUUUUGGUGUGGUCCUCUGAUAACACCAAAAAGUAUUGUUUUAACAGUAUUGGUAAAAGGUUGUUCACUGGCUGUUUGCCAUAUACUUAUGCAACAAUAAAUUGCUAAAUGAAAUGGAAAGCUUGAGUAGUGACGUAUACAACAUCUAGCAAUUUUUCAAGAUGUAUUUUUUUUGCGUUGGGGAGAUGUUAAUUUAUAUAACGGGUUUUGCCUUUACCCAACGUAUAUAUUAAUAAGAAACACUGUAUGCUCAGUUAAACCCGUCAUAUAAAUCUAGCCAGUUGUUGUGCAAAAAUCAAUGCAACAUGGGUUCAGUUUCUCAGACUGAAUGGAUAACAGUUGUGCUCGUCAAUAUGCGAAUUCAUAUCUGCAAAAGGUCUCAAAAAUUGAUUAAAAAUAGUAACCCAUUUGGAAAUAAUGUUAAUUGGAAUACGAAGGUGCAAUUUCCUGGUAGAUUUCGUUUUUUGAAACACACACAUGGAGGAAUCGGAGGAAACUAAGGCCGAGACUUAAAUUCGCCUGUUCAACUUUAAUAAGUACAUUUUUUCCAUAAUCCAUUUUUAUGGACUGUAUGCAUUAACUAUAUGUAUUUUAAUUAAAUGUACUUUUUCCUAGUUCGUUUAUGAGACAUAUUUUUCCAGUUCGUUUGUACAAGAUCUUUUUUGGAGAAAUAAUCGUUGUUUUUGCGAGAUAUGUCGUAUAUAUCUUGUACAAACUUACUUUGGAAAAUCAUAAACAUGACUUUUGAAAAGGUGUACAAAUGCUUACCAGUAAUCACAUACAAAAUAAUGCAAAUGCUGUCGUCAUAAAAUUUCUAAUACCGUUCAUGCGCAUUAUGCAAGAGUACGGCAAAACAGUUAAUACCAAGCUUACCGUUAGGGUUUCCCACUGGCGAGCAUGCAGCGUAUGCAUGUACAUGUACUUUACACGCAAUGCAUAUGACUUGUGUCUACAAAAUAAUGCUAGCACCAUUGUAUUGUCAUCACACUAAGAACAUGAUUCGCAGUCUCUUUUUGGCGGAUGCUGAUGAAAACCAGCUGAUCGACAACCAGCAUAGCCUGGGGUAAUCAUACUCGUCUAGUUCCAAAGGCUAGUCAUCAUCCCGCGUAUGUUGAACAACAGUCUGUGUCCAGCUCAUGUAGUGCACGUACGAUGGCUAACAUCGGUGACUGAUUGCUUCAUACUACAAGCCUACAGGUGUCCAGACCACAUUUACAUAUACAGCUUUAAAAAAACAACUGCAUGGGACACUUGCCUGGCGGUUCUGGGCCAGAUAAGUCAUAGUGUGCUCGGUUCCUGAAAGCAGCAUUCAUCUUCGAGUUGCCUGCCGGCUCCGCAAGUUGCAUAGUACGAACGUGCGUGCCAUGGUGUUUGCGCUGUAGAUAAGGCUGAGCAAGGACUUGAUCCGGCUGAAGUCGCGAAAGGUCGGCUUCUCGUCAUGGCCUGCUGCCAUCUUCGCUGUUGGUGGUGGCGUUGGGUUGUCACGCUGGCAGCAUUCAACAUGAUAUUCCUCUCCCUGGGCCCUCAAUACAACUACAGUAUCCUCUACGUGAGCUUACAGGCAGAGUUUCAUUCUGGAUCGGCAAUAACUGGUUGGAUCGGCUCCUUAGCCACGGCCUUAUCCUGUCUGUGUAGCCCGCUCACCGUUCUGCUGGAACGCAAACUGAGCAGACGGGCUGUCGUCAGCCUCGGGCUCGUCCUCUUCUGCGCCGGGCUCUUGACGACGUCCUUCGUGCCGGCCAUUGGCUACGCCUACUUGACGUUCAGCGUAUUGGCGGGAGUCGGUACAAACCUCAUGAUGCAUUCUUCCUCGGCACUGGUGCUAGAGUGGUUCGCAAGGAAGAACUUCUCCCGAGCAAGCGCGUUCAUUUCACUGGGAGCAACGUGCGGUAUGCUGGUAUUCAGUCCUGUGAUAACAGCAAGCAUUACUCACCACGGAUGGCGCAACGCGCUGCGAAUUCUCAGCGGCGGGAUACUGGCGGCGGGCCUCGCGAGCAGCGUGUUCCUGACCAACCCGCCUACCGAGGACUACGCCGCAGCGCCCGACGAGUCCCCGGAGAGGAAACAGGAAUUGGAAAGCAUGGCUCCCAUGAAGACAGAUCCAGAAGGUGGUACCAAUGAGACUGAUGGUGGAGAGCGCAGAAGCAAGGGUCAUGAAGCAAACAGAAAGGAAGAGACUUAUAUUGAGGUCGGAGGGAAUACCAUCGCCUAUCCUGGAAUCCUUGUCUUGAUUAAGAGCACUGAGGUCUGGUUGUGGUCCGUCAGUUUAGUGCUUGCCUUUAUCGGAUGGAUGUUUUUCAAUAUCAAUUUUGCCAGUUUCAUGGAAGGGCUUGACUUCAACAGCCAGCAGAUAUCUUCCUGCAUUAUGGUUUUUGCCAGUGGAGAAAUUGUCGGGAAGACUCUCAUCGGUGUGGUUGGCGAUCACCUGCCCUUUACGCACGUGUACUGCCUCCUCGUGUCGUAUGGCUUUGGAACAGUUUUUGUGGGAUUAUUGGCCAUCGCGAAGUCUUACGCAGCCGUUGUCGCCGUCACCUUCGGGUCUGGCUUCAUUCGAGCUUGUUUAUAUGGACCAUUGCUCACAGCCUGUGCGCAAUUGUUUCAGGAGACCUUCGGCGCAGAUACCAUCAUGACGCUCGGAUUUGUUCCCCCAGGGGUCGGGAUCCUGAUGAGUGCUCCUCUGUCAGGUGCAUUAUACGACACCACCGGUGAUUACGUUGUGGGCAUCGUGGUCAUCGUCGCCAUGUUCGUGUGCGCUUCAGCGACGUUUGUGGCCAUUCUGGUGCGCAGAAGGUGUAGGUCACGUGGAGGGUGUGGCUCCACCGAAACCCAACCUGUCCAGUUGUGAUCUGAAUACUUUCGCAGGAGAGAACUGCGGGCCUACAACAGUAGAUAGAGCACGCUGCUAUUUGACUUCUCGCGAGAUCUCAAGUGUGUUCGACAUGCCGCAUGUGCACUACGAACGUUAUCAAGAUUUCCUAGGGAGGGGAACCAUGAUUGUUAUUUUAAUUACCUCUGCCGUUAGAAAUCUCUCGUUCGCAAUUUUUUUUAUCAUUAAUUCAAAUGUGACCCUGGCUUGUUGGGGUCAAUUACUUGGAAGAGGGCACGGUAAAUUGGCCUUGGAGGAGUUUUAUUCUGGGAAAACACAGGAAAAGGGAAGACGUUCAAACAGAUGUGUCAUUUCCUGGUCCCCAACCAUAAUUUGAAUUAAUAUACAAAAGUAUGAAAGGAAAUAUUAACAGACCUUCAAGAAAUAACUACGAUUACGUAAUCGAUCAAAGAAAUGCACCACCACAUUUAACGAAAUUAAACAAGAGAGUCUUCAAGUAUAAAAAACAUAAAUAUUCGUGCGUGUCAACUCUGUGAUGCAGUUAAUAAAGGACUAUCUAAGCCUAAAGAUCAUUAAAGAACUUAAGUA